AGGUUGAUGUGUGACGCUUCAGCGGCCAAUGUCCUUGAUCAAUGAAGUAGGAAUUUCUUUCAGGAAAUAUAUAUUUGAAGCACUUUCAAAAAUAUCGGGAUGGAAGAUUCUGAUUAUGGAUGAUGCCGCCACACGAGUAUUAUCAUCAUGUUUUAAGAUGCAAGAUAUUACUGAGUAUGGCAUAACUCUUGUCGAAUCUCUCAAACGCAAAAGGCAGAAACUUAAUAUGCCAGCAAUAUACAUUAUGCGCCCUCGAAGAGCGGAGGUUGAGUUGCUGUUACAAGAUUUUCCAGCUUCAGGUCCAACAUAUACGAGCGCUCAUGUCUUUUUCCUAUCAGCAUGUUCAAACGAUUUACUCAAACAGAUUGCAUCGUCACAAGCAAUCCGGUACUUCAAGACAUUAAUGCAAUUGUCACUGGAUUUUAUUCCUUUGGAAUCACAUCUCUAUACUCUAGAUGCUAUGGAGACAGCACAACUUUACUUUUUACCCGCUGAUAUUGUUCAUGACAAACUUAGUCGAAUCGAUCAGAUUGCUGAACAAAUAGCCUCUGUAUGUAUAACGUUACAAGAAUACCCGAAAAUUUGUUAUCACAAGACUGAUACCAACUUGGAGUUGGCUCGUUUAGUUCAACUGAAGUUAGACACAUACAAAGGUGACAAUCCAGCUCUGGGUCAGGGUUCACAUAAAGAUCAAAGUAUUUUAUUAAUCGUUGAUCGUAGUUUGGAUCCUGUUAGUCCUCUUUUGCAUGAAUUAACACUUCAAGCUAUGUGUUAUGAUUUACUUAGUGUAGAGGAUAAUUCAGUUGUAUUUGAUGGGAAUCGUAAAGCCAAUGUAGCUGAAGGGGAUACAUUGUGGAGAGAGUUGCGACAUCAACACAUUGCAGAUGUCACGAGAGAGAGUUUAGUUAGACCUUUACAUUUAACUGUACAGUCAUAA